CUGGAAGGGUCCAAGAAGCGUGUAGAGUUGGCACUUUGUGGGGUUUAGGAGGCGCAGUUGGGUUGAGCUGAUGGUUGGACUGGAUGAGCUUAGAGGUCUUUUCCAACCUUAAUGAUUGAUUCUGUGAUUUAUGGCAGGAAGGGGCAGGGGGAUCCCUGCAGGUACCAUUACUGGGUUAAGAGCAGCGGUGCUGCACCGUCUCAGCACCGCCCACUGCACGGGUACGUGGGGAUGAGAACAGGUGCUGCAGGUGUGAGUAAUGGUGCUUGGUCCACCAUUAGUCAGCAGGAACGAGGACGUGAGCCCAGCCUGGCCUUCCCACUCCCUCCCCAGGCUCUUCUGCUGGGGAGGAGCGCAGUGGGUCAGAGGAGGCUCUGAGGAGCUGCUUUUGGGGCUUGUGCAACGCCUGUGACGCAGAGAAUCUCCUCCCUUUGCUUUGGUUUGGGGCAUCGCUGCUCUGCACCUUGGCGUAUCCUGGUAGGUCACGCCGAGAGGUGCGCGGUUACCUUUGUGCCGUGAUUGUACAGGAUUCAAUCUGCGGGUGUUCCCAAUCCUAGUGGUGUUUCCUGGCUUGUGUGGGGUUGCUCUGGUCCCGUUGGUGUCCCUGCGGCAUCGGGAGCUGAGUUGGCACGGGCGCACUCCGACUUGAUCCCUGAAGAGAGGGGUGUUGUGCAAACAGGGAGCGAUGGGAGGUGAUGGAGCAGCCGAGAGUGGAGCUUUUGUGGGCUUCAAGGAGCCAAGAUUGGCGACGACAGGAGUUGGGGCAACAGGGGCAUCGCACACCCUGGCGGUGAUGCUGUGGGUGAUGCCACUGUCAGUCUGACCCAUUGCAGGCACCGGGGCUUGUUGCAAAACAUCUCAACUGCCUUCCCUAAGCCCCUGAUGAAACAGCAGGGAAGGAAGAGGACAGCAGUGGGGCUGGGGAGGGUGACAAGAUGGGCAAGGACCUGGUUUAUUGACCUGAGCAUGUUUGGUGCGUGAGAUGGCCGUGGCAGCAUUUCUUCCUCGCUGGGAGCUGCUCGCUCCUCCCACAGUUACACUCUAUCACCCAAAAAUGUUAAAGCCGGUGCGCGCAGGGUGUGCCUCAGUUUCCCCGUGCCUAAGAUGCUGCUGCUGUAGGGUGGGUUUGCUGCGGCUGGUGGAGUUUUCCUGUGCUGGAUGCUGUUGCAAAGCAGAAUAUGGGGAUUUAUAGACUUCUUUUCUCCAUCUCAGGCUGUGUUUUCUGAACUUGGGGCAAGUCUUGCCGUCCUGGGCACAGUGAGUGUGUGCUGGCAGAGUGCCGGGAGCUGCCUGCAAAGCAUCCUCAGGCCAGCGGCUGCCCAACCCCGAGCAGUGUUCAGCUAAUAAGGAUAACAGCAAAGAGAGAGGCAGAAUUUAGUGAACCCAAGGUGCCUCUGCCUGGUUCUUCACCUCUUUGGUAAGGUGAAUAAAUGAGAAAAGUGGAUCUGCUGUGGAGGGCUUGGAAACGUGGGGCUGCAUGAAGGCAGUAACGGUGCACUGUGUGUUUUAAGGGGCAAAUUGCAACACAGGUCUGCUGGUGUCAGAGUUUGGGGGUUUGGGUGUACUUAGAUGCAGCUUUUAUUUUAGAAAAACAAGUGCCCUGCAAUUUCUCACUGGAUUUUGCCGUGUUCCUGCUCACCCCGUCCCGGUAGCUCCCCCUUCGCCCUGUCUCACUGCGAGGCUGCUCCGUGGUGGUGCUCCCGCAGUCGUGAGCAUCCCACAAGUGCAACAUGCCAGGGCAAAAGAAAUAAUAAGUGCAGUGCAAGGCAAAAUAGUGAAUCUCUUUCCCUUGCGGGGGACAGCUAGCCAGAGAUGGGGUGCUUCACGGUGGGUUACCUUCCUUGUGCCUCAGUUUCCCCACCGUGCUGCCGGUGAUGGCUGAGCGUUGCAGAGCGGUGGCCAGGCUGGUGCAGUGGAGACCUCGCAGGAGUUAUCCGUCACCACCAGCUCAGUGGGUGGCGGCAGGAGCGAUGGCCGGCGAGUCGGGAAUCAUUUCCGCCGUUGGCUGAGCUCCGGGUUCCUGCGCAGCCCUUGGCUCUGGGGCAGUGUGGAACGAGCUCUCGCUUGCUCCGGGCCCCCAUCCCGUGCACCUUGGCUUGGCAGCGGGCAAAGCCACUCCUCUGCCGGCGUGACAUCAGGCUGGGGAAACUCAGUGACCUGCGAGGGGUCAAAUUCCCAGCACAGGUAGCGCCUGCCGCACUUCCGUGCCGUGCCGGGAAGGAGCCUGGGGACCCCCAACCGUGGGGACCCCCAAACCUGCUGUUCCCUACCAUGAAGUCGGAACAAGAGGAGAGCAAGCCGGGGACGUGCCGCUGCGAGCACGGCUUUACUCCGUGCCCGGCCUAUUGUUCGACUCCGUGGGGACGGCGAGGGGCAGCCAAGGACGAUGCUCGGGGCAGGGUGCUGUGCCCCUGCUUAGCCCACGCAGCGCUGCUGCGGGAGGAGGUGGCCCAGCUGCAGGAGGAGGUUCACCUCCUCCGGCAAAUGAAGGAAAUGCUGACGAAAGACCUGGAGGAGACGCACGGCAGCAAGUCACCGGAGGUGCUCUCGGCCACCGAGCUGAAGGUGCAGCUGGCCCAGAAGGAGCAGGAGCUAGCGCGUGCCAAGGAGGCUCUACAGGCCAUGAAAGCCGACCGCAAGCGCUUGAAGGCGGAGAAGACGGACCUGGUGAGCCAGAUGCAGCAGCUGUACGCCACGCUGGAGAGCCGCGAGGAGCAGCUCCGGGACUUCAUCAGGAACUACGAGCAGCACAGGAAAGAAAGCGAGGACGCGGUGAAAGCCCUGGCAAAGGAGAAGGACCUCUUGGAGCGGGAGAAGUGGGAGCUGCGGCGGCAAGCCAAGGAGGCGACGGACCACGCCAGUGCCCUGCGAUCCCAGCUGGACCUGAAAGACAACCGCAUGAAGGAGCUGGAGGCCGAGCUGGCCAUGGCUAAGCAGUCCCUCGCCACGCUGACCAAGGAUGUCCCCAAGCGCCAUUCCUUGGCCAUGCCGGGUGAAACGGUGCUGAACGGCAACCAGGAGUGGGUGAUGCAGGCUGACCUCCCGCUGACGGCCGCCAUCCGGCAGAGCCAGCAGACCCUCUACCACUCACACCCCCAGCACACGGCAGACCGGCAAGCAGUCAGAGUGAGCCCCUGUCAUUCCCGGCAGCCAUCCAUCAUCUCCGACGCCUCCGCGGCUGAGGGCGACCGAUCGUCCACGCCGAGCGACAUCAACUCGCCGCGGCAUCGAACGCACUCGCUCUGCAACGGGGACAGUCCUGGACCGGUACAGAAGAACUUGCACAAUCCAAUUGUACAGUCUCUAGAAGAUCUGGAAGACCAAAAACGGAAAAAGAAGAAAGAGAAGAUGGGCUUCGGCUCCAUCUCCAGGGUGUUUGCCCGGGGGAAGCAACGCAAGUCCCUCGACCCCGGCCUCUUCGACGGUACGGCUCCCGACUACUACAUCGAGGAGGACGCAGACUGGUGACCCCCGAGAGCCUCUCCCCGGCCUCACCGUUGCCGCUGUACAUACCCCCCAGCCCCGCCUGUGGACGUGUUACCUGUCGUCUUGGGAGCGAUGCAGCUGUGUCGUAACUUCAGUUUUCCCCUUUUUUUGUGUUUGUUUUUCUUCCCCCAUCCCAGUAACUCCUUUGUUGUCGCCUCAGUUUGUUGGUUUGGGUUGGUUUUUUUUUUUGUUGGUUGUUUUCUUUUUGGGUUGAUUUCCUCCUUCUUUUGACAAAACUUGAAACUUGAAGGACUGCUGUGUCUCUGUAAAUAUCAGAAAUAUUGUGCACUUUGUGCUUGUGACGUCUCGUGUCCGAAACCGCUGUUUUCCGGAGCCCAGCCCGCGGGAUGUCCUCGCUCGGGAAUGAAGAACCUGCCCAGCUGAGGGACCUUAGAGCAAAAACACACACACAGAGAAGAAAAAAAAGAUCUCAAUCGCUGUGAUGUCUUCCUGGCCGAACCCCGUGGAGGCGACAUGGGCUGGUUGUAACGCCUGCCGGUCUGGAAAGAAGUGUUUUAACGUUCCUUUUUUUUUUUCUUUUCUCGUUGUUUUUAAUUUAUUUGCACAAAGCCAGAGGAGCUAUUCUAACUAAAUUAUUGCAGAAGUUUUGGGGGGUUUUAUAUUUUUCCACGUCGGUUGGGAUGGGGCUGGGAGGAAGAAGGGUGUGUUUGUACUGUAUUAUCCUGGGAAGCUGCUGCCGAGGAUCCUGGAGUCCUGGACCCCUGCCCUGGGCUCCCCUGGCUGCAGAUGCCCCAGGAGCACUUAAAACGCCUUGGAAAACGCAAACCUAAAUACGUGCCAGGAAAUAAGAUGGAGGGAAAGCUGCUGCGAGCUUUGCCCGAUGUUUUUUUCCCCCAUAUUUGGGGUGGCUUCACCCUUUGCUUCGAGGAAAAAUUUGGGGGGAUCCGGCAUGAGCUGGGAGGGGAAAGGCGAUAUCCCGAGAUAUCCUCAUCCUCCAAGACAUCGCUCGUCCCUCUCCCCGAGUUGGGCGGUCGAGGGGGUUGGGGAAAUCGGUACGAAUCGCCACCGGGGAGGUUUUUCUGGCACCCGGGGUGAUUUUUCAAGCGUAGGUGCUUCCAAAUCCCCUGGAAAUGCCCCCAAAACCACCCCCCGGCGCGGCAGCCACGUCCCCUCCCCACUAACACGCACCGCGCUCUGCUUAUGCCAAGAUAAGUACCUUAUGCUUUAAUGCUUACCAUAUAAUUUUAAGCUCUUAAAAAUGUAUUAAGAUUUAUUUAAUGAUGCUAUCAUAGUGUAUUAUUUUUCUUCAUUCCAGUAUGCCCUGGUUGAAAAAAAAAAAAGGGUAUUUUGUCUUAAAUCAUCGAACUAAACCGCCGAUGCCCUUGUUCUGUGUAUUCCUGCUAACGGGAUGAUGCAGAGAAGCCACGGCGACGGCAGGGCAGGCUUCGCCCCGUGGCAUCUUUCUCUGCAGAGAAGCAUUUUUAUACGGUUUGUUGUUUUCUGGGGGUAUUUUUUUUUUGUUGUUCUCCUUGCGUUUUUAUAAUUUAAACGAUAAAAGAGAUGAGCAAUCGCCUUGUUCUCGAGUAGUUUCCUUUGCAUUUCAGCUUUUUUUUUUGUUUUUUUUUUUUUUGUAAAUUAGGAAAUAAUUCUAAAAAUUACUAAGAGGAUGAUUUAUUUAAAAAAAGAGAACUUCAACAAAUAGCAUAUGAAUUAUGGGUAACAUUAGAUUUAACUUUUUUCCCCCCCCCGUGAGUGGGGAGAAUCCUUGAAGGCAUGGAUGCAAAUAUAAAAUUAUAAAA